AUGACUUCGGGCGCCCCGCCACCGGUACAGCAGUUCGUGAGUCGACAGCGACCACCGCCGCAGCCUCAACAGUACUCCUUUUCAAAUAGUCCACCAAAAGUGGAGUCAUUUCCCCGUGGGUACCCGCGCCUCUCUGCCUUCAUGGACAGCGACAGCGACUUCGCCAUGUUCCGAAGAUUCGGCCGACUGCACACACGCGUCCUAUUGCACAAGCAGGACGAGCUUGUAGAAUUGGAGCAACGGCUGGACGACAUGGAUAAGUCGGAGUGUGUGCCCUACUUCCACAGCGCGAGACGUCACGACACGAACCUCGAGCGACGGACCAUAAUCGACGAGGCCGAGAAGAAGUUGAAUGCGCUGCUAGCCUCUCACUUCCAACACCUCGAGCGGCCCGGGCCCAAGGAGAGCGACCUCGAGAGCAUGGCCCACUGGAUGUUGGGCAACAAGCCCCUCGUCGCGGAAGAUUCGACCUUCAUGGACGACUGGGAGGACCUACGGCGCCCCAAGGCCCACGCGGACCAUGGCCGCUUGGAGGUUCUUCUAGAGAGCUGGGCGGCUGCUUUCAACGGCCGCGGGAUCUUCAGGGCAUGGCUGCCUUCACCCACAUACAUCGAUCCCGACAUGUCAAAGUCAGGCGACCCGCACGUCGUUUUGUUCAAGGCCUCCAGCGUUGUUGCCGUGUCCCGAUUUCUCGCCACUGGCUUCGCCGUGCUCUCUCUGGUGGUGCCUGUCGUGGUCCUGUACGUCGUCGAGUCUACACCCCAGCGGCUGGGAAUCAUCACGGUUUUCACGACUAUCUUCUCUUCACUUCUCUGCUGGCUCACGCAGUCAAGGAACUAUGAGAUCUUCUCCGCGACCGCGGCUUAUUGUGCAGUCAUGGUGGUGUUUGUUGGUAGUAUACCUGUUACAUAA